GCUUAAAGGUUCAUCAGUUUCAACUGUACGCUACCUUCUAGGUCAUUUUUUACGAUGCUUAUAAAAGGCUUAAACAUUUACAGAUUCUUAAAGCCUGUUGGAAUACGGCACGUAGUGACUUUGACCAAAAAAUAUCCUCGCAAAGUACCUUCUAUUUUGUUGGCAGAAGGUAUUUUGCCUAAAUUGACCGCAGAUGACAUUGUAUACGAAGAGGUCAACAUAGAAACAAAUGAAUCCUCAUGUAUAAAUGUUUUAUUAACACAUAACGUGCCUGGACUUGGAUCUGUUGGAACAGUAACCCCUGUACAUCGUAAUAAGUUCUGGAGAUAUUUGUAUAUUAAGGGACUUGCUGAGCUACCGACAGAAGAAAGAAUCAACGAAAUGAAGUUGAAACAAACAGGAAGACCAACUGUUCUAUGUGGUGAAUCUUAUGUUCUUCAACAACGCUUGUCUAAUAUGACCCUAUAUAUACCUAUGAAUCCUUCUCGAGAAUGGACUCUCAAUAAAACUCAUGUUAAAGUUGCUUUAAGACGAUAUGGUUUCGCAAUAAAGGAACAUUAUAUCACAUUACCAAAAGAAGAAAUAACUUCAAAAAAUUCUACAUCUUCAUUUAAAAUUAGCGUUUAUAUUGAUGAUAUUGUCAAUGUUGUUGUUCCAUGUUCAAUAUUUCUUUAUCAAAAGUUGGAUAAAGGAAUGUGUACUCAACCGCCAACAAAUGUUUUUAGAAAAAUUAAAAUUGAAGAUUGGACUGCAGAUUUUUCUGAAACUGAUAUUUUAGUUUCUAUUUAGAAUUAUUCAAAUAAAAAUUGAUAUAUUUUUUUCAAAAUAAUAAUUGUUUUUGAUUUUGUUUAAUUUUAUCAGGUUGUUUAUAUUUAAUCUAAACAUAGUUUAAUUUGUCAUUUCCAAUUAUUUGUUAAUGUUUCUAUCCUUUAUAUAUUUGUGUAUAUGUAUACUGUUAACUUCAUUUCUCAUGUUUGUUUUAUAUAAAAAAAAGAAGAAAAUUGGUAAUAGUCGUCGAUUCUUUUCGUAUUUCAAACGUCAAGCAUAUGAACCAACUAAAAUUAAACAACUUGAUGACUCUAGUAUAGGGUUUAUGUUAUCUGAUUUAAAUCAUAAUGGUAGAGUUGCAUUAGCUCACUUUGAUCAUUACUACAGCGAAGCUUAUGGACCAGUUGCUUGGCGUUCAAUGCGUAUAGCUUUAUUAAUGCCAUCUAAAAAAGCUAUUCUCUAUAAUCGUUAUUUUCCCAAUGUUAUUGAAACAAUUUCAUCAUCAUAUAAUAACGAUGAUAAUCAGUCAUUUUUACCAAACAUAAACUUGAUGCAAACAUUAAUUAAACAUCAAAACUCUUUGACAAAUAAUGUAUUCAAUGCUGAUAAGAAUCCGAAUAUUAUUGAUGAGGUUAUCAAUGUAACGCAAUCUGAUGCACGUCGUAGACAAUUUUUAACACGUUACAGCCCAUCAGAUGAAACUAUGGAUACAGCUAAUCUCAAUGAAUUUAUACCAUCAACUGAAUUAAUUAGUGAAAAUGAAAUGUAUACAAGAGAAUGUGAUACAGACUUUACAUUUUAUUCUAAAGAUUAUUAUGGUAUGAUUAAAGCAGAUGAAGGGGAUUCAUCUGAUUUACAGUCAUUGAAAGUGUUAACUGAAGAAUUUCAUAUACCCGAGAAGCUACGUAUUAAAUGUUCACCUCCUGGUAGAUUGGUUACAAUACCACAUCCAACUUAUUUAAAUGGACAAUUUAAUUUUCAUACAAUAGAUUUAAGCUCUGUUAUACCUAUUUUAGUAUUGAAUUUACAAAAAAAUGAUAAUAUGGUUAAUAUAUCUACAUUUUCUGGAACUAAAUCAGUUAUUGCACUACAAACUGGUUUAUUAAAUCGUUUAUUAUGUGUGAUACGUACUCCAUCUCGUACUACUCAUGUUCAACAAAUGAUCAACACUUUUAAAUCGUCUGGAAUUAAUUCUAAAGAGAAUGAUAAACAAAACAAUAAUACUAAAAUAGACUUUGUUUACUCAAAUGAUGAAUUGGCUGGUUAUUUUUCUGACAAUAUUGAUAAAGAUUAUAAAUUUAAUAAGAUUUUAGUCAAUGUUCCUUGCUCAGCUGAUCGUUACGCAAUCACAUCUGGUACUACACAUGUUUUUGAAAUGGGACAAGCUCAUUUACGUGCUCAUUUACUGAAAAUUCAGUUAAAUCUUCUCCGUCAAGCAAUGGAAUUAUGUCAACCUAACGGUUAUGUUGUCUAUUCAACAUCAACAUUAUCACCAGGUCAAAAUCAAGAAAUUAUUCAAUCAUUUAUACUGAAUCAUUCAAAGAAUAUUAAUUUCACAUUGAUCAAUUUAAAACCAUUGUAUGAUUUAUUAACUGUUUGUUAUUCUAAAUUAGGUCUAAAAAUUAUUCCGAUUCAUUUACCUUUAUUUGAUAAUAUGAAUGAAAAUAAUCAUAAUACAAAUCUAUCUUCAAAUAAUACUUGUCAUGGUUUAUUAAUUAUUCCAUCGAUAUCGUGUAACUAUGGUCCAACUUUUAUUGUUAAAUUUAAACGCCUUCCUUAAUUGAUUUUUUUCAAUUGGAUAACUUUGUUACUAUGUAAAUUUGUUUAUGAUAUUUAUAAAUAUAUAUUUUAGUAAUAUUAUUAUUAUUUUUAAUCUUAUGAUUAAUGUUAUUUUAUACAUUUCUGAUCAUUCAACUAUUUGUAAUGGAAUGUUAACAUUACUAAAUUUAAUUGUGUAAUUAUCAAAAAUUUGGAAGCA